AUGAGCUUCUUGCUAGUAAAAGUGUGGUUCAUAGUAACUCAUCAUCGCCUCUCCCUCCCUCCCACCCACCCAGCUCGUCAUCGCCUCUCCCUCCCUGCCACCCACCUAGCUCGUUAUCGCCUCUCCCUCCACAUUUCCAUGGCCGCUUCCCCCCACUCCGUCAUCCCCUCUCCCUCCCACCGCGCCAUCCCCUCUCCCUCCCACCCGCCGUCGCCUCUCCUUCCCAUCCGCCGUCGCCGCUCCCUCCCUCCCGCCGUCGCCGCUCCCUCCUCCCCGUCGUCACCGCUCCGUCCUCCCCGCCGUCGCCUCUCCCUCCUCCCCGCCGUCGCCUCUCCCUCCUCCGCGCCGUCGCCUCUCCCUCCUCCGCGCCGUCCCUCUCCCUCCUCCCCGCCGUCGCCUCUCCCUCCUCCCCGCCGUCGCCUCUCCCUCCUCCACGCCGUCGCCUCUCCCUCCCCGCCGUCGCCUCUCCCUCCUCCCCGCGGUCGCCUCUCCGUCCUCCACGCCGUCGCCUCUCCCUCCUCCCCGCCGUCGCCUCUCCCUCCUCCCCGCCUUCGCCUCUCCCUCCUCCCCGCCGUCGCCUCUCCCUCCUCCCCGCCGUCGCCUCUCCCUCCUCCCCUCCGUCGCCUCUCCCUCCUCCCCGCCGUCGCCUCCGGCGAGUUGGUGCACGAGUGCAACCGCGAGUUGGUGCGCGAGCGCGGGUUGGUGCGCGAGCUUGGGUUGGUGCGCCAGCGCGGAGUGCGAGUGAGAGAGCGCGUGAGAGAGCGCGUGAAAGAGCGCGUGAGAGAACGCGUGAGAGAGCGCGUGAGAGAGUGCGUGAGAGUGCGCGUGAGAGAGCGCGUGAGAGAGCGCGUGAGAGAGCGCGUGAGGGUGCCCGUGAGAGUGCGCGUGAGAGAGCGCGUGAGUGAGCGCGUGAGAGAGCGCACGAGAGAGCGCGUGAGAGUGUGCGUGAGGGUGCGCGUGAGAGUGCGCGUGCGAGUGGGCGUGAGAGAGCGCAUGAGAGAGCGCGUGAGAGAGCGCGUGAGAGAGAGCGUGAGAGUGCGCGUGAGGGUGCGCGUGAGAGUGCGCGUGAGAGUGCGCGUGAGAGAGCCCGUGAGUGAGUGCGUGAGAGAGCGCACGAGAGAGUAUACAUGGGCAACGAGGCGAGUUUUUCCCCUCGGCUCGUACGAGGCACUCGUUCGAGGGCGAGUGACGAGUGUGCUUUUCCUUGGAAAUAGCUCGUCCGAGCCGAGCCGAGUUUAA